UGGAUGAGUAAUAUAAUCUACAAAGUCUUUUAUAUAUAUAAAAAAAAAAAACUGGUAUUGCAUUUUUAAAACCUUUUUUAAAACUUUAUUUUGUUUGCUCGGUUUAUUUGGGAUUUUAAACCUUUACUAAAGUAGAAAUGGACAGUGAAACUUCAGAGUUUGACCUGCAUUCAGGACCAGAGAUGAGCAUGAACCAGGGCAACGCUCCAGUUUACUGCAUCUGUCGCAAACCAGACAUCAACUGCUUCAUGAUCGGUUGUGACAACUGCAAUGAGUGGUUUCAUGGCGACUGCAUUAAUAUAUCCGAGAAGAUGGCAAAAUCCAUUAGGGUGUGGUACUGUGAAAAAUGUCGCAGUAACGAUGACUCUUUAGAGACAAAAUUUCGUUCCAAGAAGAGCCGGGACAGAGAGUCAGACGGAGACGAAAUGGAGAGACAGCUUGAGCAUGACACGCCUGAUUUUAAGAAUGAUCGUCGACGCGGGUCACGGAUUAAGCGCUCGGCACGUAUGUGCGGGGAGUGUGAGCCUUGCAUGCGGACGGAGGACUGCGCUCAGUGUGACUUCUGUAAGGACAUGAAGAAGUUCGGCGGGCCCAACAAGAUCAGGCAGAAGUGCAGGCUCAGGCAGUGUGAAGUGCGCGCCCGGAAAAUGCUGCGGGUGAAGGAGGAGGAGUACUCCAUGUCUAAAGGCCGAGAGCGGUUCCAGCCCGACUACCCCCUGUCAGACGAGUACAGUGAGAACGAGAUGGAGCUCUACCAGCAGUACUGCGCUGGCAAAUACGCAGACCAUGGAUGGAACAGUGAUGAAGACGAUGGGUCCUACCUUGAUCCCACUAUGCGAAAGAGAGCUGUGAAGGUCAAGCAUGUGAAGAGGAGAGAGAAACGAUCUGAGAAAAAGAAAGAGGAGAAUAAGCCCCGUAAACACAAACCGAAGCAGAAGCACAGGGACAAGGUGAGGCACAGUGAGAGGACAGAAGCUCGAGACAGCGGGGAAUUCAGACAGUGCCUCGGGCCAGGCUGCGUUGAAUCUGCGCGUCUCGGCUCCAAGUACUGCUCUGAUGACUGCGGCAUGAAGCUCGCUGCCAACCGGAUCUAUGAGAUCCUCCCUCAGCGUAUCCAGCAGUGGCAGCAGAGCCCCUGCAUCGCCGAGGAGCAGGGAAAGAAGCUUCUGGAACGCAUCCGGCGCGAGCAGCAAUUAGCCCGGACACGGCUCACGGAUAUGGAGAAACGUUUCCAUGAGCUGGAGGGCAUCAUCGCUAAGGCAAAGCAGCAAGUCGUGCAACACGACGAAGAGGUAAACGAAGGAGAUGAUGACACGGAUCUUCAAAUUUUCUGCGUCUCCUGCAGUCACCCGGUCAACCCCAAGGUGGCGCUUCGUCACAUGGAGAGAUGUUAUUCCAAGUAUGAGAGUCAGACAUCAUUUGGCUCUAUGUAUCCCACACGCAUAGAGGGUGCCACGAGGCUGUUCUGCGACGUGUACAAUCCUCAAAGCAAAACAUACUGUAAAAGGCUUCAGGUUCUCUGUCCUGAGCAUUCCCGAGAUCCAAAGGUUCCAGCAGAUGAGGUGUGUGGAUGUCCUUUGGUGCGUGACGUCUUUGAGCCCACGGGCGAGUACUGCCGAGUGUCGAAACGCAAGUGCAACAAACACUACUGCUGGGAGAAACUCCGCCGGGCCGAGGUGGACCUGGAGAGAGUGCGAGUGUGGUACAAACUGGACGAGUUGUUUGAACAGGAGCGCAACGUCCGAAUAGCAAUGACGAAUCGCGCAGGUCUCCUGGCUCUUAUGCUACAUCAGACGAUUCAACACGACCCACAUUCAACAGACCUGCGCGCCAGCAAAGACAGAUAGCCAGCCAGGACUUUCUUUUAUACGGUCUGUUGGUUAUUCCAAAAAUUGUUAGAAAAAGAAAUAACGAGUGUGUUUCAUUAAAAUGUACAUUUAAAUAACAUAUUAAUACUGUUAAUUGCUUUUUAAAGGAGAAGGAUACUGGAUGAUGACACUAUAUUAAAGAUUCAUUAGAUCAGUUUUGGGAGAUGUUACCAGUUAUCAGUGCUCUAAGCACUAUAUAAAGUUGCUCUGUGUGUCCAUACGCAUCACUUAAUCAGUCAUCAUUACACUGUUGUACCAUUUUUAAAUAUUAGUAUACUUAUUACAAACACUUAUUGGUGCUUAUCUUGUUUGGAAGAAGAAGAAAGAAUCGUGUAUCUGUGUGUAAACAUGGCCGAUACGUUUCAUUCCUUGAAAUAAACUUUUAUUGUGUGGCA